AUGUAUUUAGCAUAUUUUGUAGGCUUACUUGAUACAAUAACAAGUACGGAAGAAUCAAAAGAUUGCCCGGGAGUUUGCGUACACGCUUUAGCGACCGUUAUUUGUUAUGAAGUUUUAGAAAAUGUUUCUUGUUCGAAACCUGCAAUGAAAUGUUGCAUCGAAACCCCAAGCGGAGAAGGAAACGUGACGAAAGUACCAUCAAAUCCACCGACUACAGAAACGACAAAACCUGUUAAAACGUUACAGGCAAGUAUGUUAUGUGUAUUUGGUAUUUACGGUCAUACUUCACAAUCACCCGCAGGAAACAAUGAAAGUUUUACAAAACCUAAUAUAAGAGAUAAUACCGUAAAAGCAUGCCCUGGUGUUUGCGUUGCUGAAAGAAUUGCCGAUUAUUGCGAAGCCGUUCUUAACGUUAACGAUUUAUGCAAACCUGGACUCAGAUGUUGCGUUUCAAGUGACGUAUACAGCGAAAACAAACAACAAAAUCUUACGAUUAUUAAUAAGAAUGGUACAAAACCUUCAGAUUCAGAUGUAACUGUUAGGCCACAAUUGAAACCUUCGGUCGAAACACAUGACUAUCAGUCAAAAAAUCCGUGCAGAGGAGAAUGCGUCAGCGGUUUAUUUGCUCUCUUUUGCGAUGAUAUUGAUGAAAAUGCAAAUUGUCCAGAGGGUGGAAGUUGUUGCAUAACUAAUUCUUCUCCACACGACGGUCCAUCUUCUUCGUCACCCAUGGUAACAACGACAACAACAACAACAACAGUUCCUUCCACCACUACAACCAGAAGGCCUUUAACAAGUUAUCCUCCUCAAUCUUCAUACCCGAAAUGUCCCGGUUUUUGUCUUCUUAAUUUAAUGGCUGCUUUCUGCGAAAAACCAUCAGUUUUAAUACCGAGAACAUCUAAUUGUCAAAAAGGACAUAUUUGUUGUGACAACACUAAAGUGGCGGUUACCUCAAAACCUCGUCCUACGACUAGAAUAACUACUUCAACCACUACAACAACCACAACAACCCCUAAUUCGGUGGUAACACGUCCAGAUGACCGACCGGAUUGUCCCGGAUCAUGUAUUGUAUCAUAUUUAUCUUUUACCUGCUUUAGGAAUGCGGACAUGACAGAUUUAUUUAAAUGUAGAAAAUCAGGGACUCAAUGUUGCGCUCCUAAAUCAGUUAUAAGAGAUCAUUUGGAUAAGAAAAAUGCAAAUGUUAAUCAAAGAAACGAUAAUGUCACCAACAACGGAAAUGAUAAUUAUCAAAAAAAUGUAACGUCUUCCUUGUACAAUACAAAAUAUUCACCAAGUCCACAAAUCAUUAAUUCAGAACAACACACUACUCACGGAGGACCUUUAACGAUGGACAUUCCAACUCCAAGACCUACUAUUUAUAGUAAAUAUGUAUGCGGCGUAAAAGGAACAUCAAGAACGAGAGGUGGUAGAGUCGUAGGAGGAGAAGAUGCUGAUCCCGUUGAAUGGUGUUGGCAGGUCGCUUUAAUAAAUUCCCUAAACCAAUACCUUUGCGGAGGAGCUUUGAUAGGCACACAAUGGGUUUUGACAGCUGCUCACUGUGUAACAAACAUUGUGAGAUCUGGUGAUGCGAUAUACAUCAGAGUCGGUGAUCACGAUCUAACACGAAAAUAUGGUAGCCCAGGAGCGCAAACCCUGAGGGUAGCAACAACCUACAUACAUCACAAUCAUAACAGUCAAACUUUAGACAAUGAUAUAGCUCUAUUAAAACUACACGGUCAAGCAGAAUUGAGAGAUGGCGUUUGUCUGGUAUGUCUUCCAGCACGUGGAGUAAGUCAAGUAGCUGGAAAGAGAUGUACCGUCACCGGUUAUGGUUAUAUGGGAGAAGCUGGACCUAUACCUUUAAGAGUUAGAGAAGCUGAAAUUCCCAUUGUUAGCGACGCAGAGUGCAUACGUAAAAUAAAUGCGGUCACAGAAAAAAUAUUCAUAUUACCAGCUAGCAGUUUUUGUGCAGGUGGAGAAGAAGGAAAUGACGCUUGCCAGGGAGACGGAGGAGGUCCUUUAGUUUGUGAAGAUGAUGGAUUUUACGAGCUUGCUGGUUUGGUUUCUUGGGGCUUCGGUUGCGGACGAGUUAAUGUACCUGGAGUUUAUGUCAAGGUUUCCUCUUUCAUAGGAUGGAUAAAUCAAAUAAUUAGCGUUAACAACCUGUGA